UGUAGCCCAAUAGUUAAAGCCUGCCCGAUAAACAUUUAUAAUUUACAAGGGAAAUUUUCUAGGGUUUUGUCAUGGGCCUAUAUAUUAAUUGAAUAUAGAAGAAAUUAGGGUUUGCUGCUAUCUUCUUGUUUGUAAGCUCUCCACAAAGCUUCUACCGAAAAUGCCGAAGCAAAUUCAUGAGAUCAAGGACUUCCUUCUCACUGCCAGAAGGAAAGAUGCACGCUCUGUAAAAAUCAAGAAGAGCAGAGACGUUGUCAAGUUCAAAGUUCGCUGCUCAAAGUACUUGUAUACACUUUGUGUGUCCGAUGCUGAGAAGGCUGAUAAGUUGAAGCAGUCUCUUCCUCCAGGUUUGAGUGUCCAGGACCUGUGAAAAUAGGGCCGCUUCGAGUUUAUCAUCCAAUUACUAGGUGAUGAAAGCUAGAUUUUGACUUUGCUUUUAUCAUAUUUCAUGCCUUCCAAACUCAAAAUUUACUGUAAUGGAUUUGUAUUCUGGUUUUUUUUAUGGAUAUGAGUAAGGUCGAGUUACUUUUUAAUGGUUAAUGAAUGUGUUUUGCUUUUGGUUGUCC